CCCGGCAACUCGCACCAGGCACCCGUCACUCACACCCUGAUCCGAUGUCCAGACUCACAUCAGGAAGCACUGAUUCCUCCGGCCUGUGACGCCCGAGGAACACAUCAACUGUUCCAGGAACAGUCACCAAUCCAAAUGAGAGCCGCUACCCCCUGAGAGGACAAGUGUUUGAUGAACAGCGCCGCCUGAGGCCAAUUCAACACCGCCACUUGCCGGCCCGUGAACCAACCAGCAAGUAAACUAAACACCUAAGCCAAGCAGGCAGCCCCUUGGAUUUGGCGCGCAGGCAGCGAGAUUCCUUUUCUUGUAAAAAUAUUUGUAUCAGUUCUUAAGGAUCUUCGUUGUUCAACAACCGUUUUCCCGCCUCCUACGCUGCAGUUUCAUUCACCCUAGAGCGCCAAUACCGAUCUUGGCAGGACAACACAGCCAGCCAUACCUCCCCAACACCAGCGCGCCCAGCAAAGCCCACCCGAACCCUCGAUAUGCCCAUGAAACCGCAGAAGACGUCCUACACAUCCAAUGACGUCGCCGUCCCCGCCGACUUCCUCUCCAGGCCGCCGCCCCCCGGCGCGCCGCCCGUGACGCUGAGAAAGAUCGACUGGUCCGCGACGCCGCUGCCCGAGAACGGGCCGCGCUACGCCGCCGUGAUCGACAACGUGCUCACCGCCGACGAGUGCGCGCGGCUGGUCCGCAUGGCUGAGGACAGCGCCAAGGAUCGCGGCGACGCGGGCGACGAGCCGUGGCAGCCGGCCAUGGUGAACAUCGGGCCCGGGUGGGAGGUGCUCGAGCCGCACUACCGAAACAGCGACCGCAUCAUCUGGGACCAGCAGGAGGUCGUCGACCGGCUGUGGGCGCGGUGCCGGCUCGCUCCCGGGCUGGAGGACCAGCUGAAGGAGGUGGCCGGCGUGGGGAAGACGAGAAAGGGAGAGGAGACGCGGUGGGUGUUUAACCGGUUCAACAAGCGGAUGAGGUUUCUGAGGUACCAAAAGGGGCAGUUUUUCAGGCCACACUGCGACGGCCCCUACGGCGAAGAGGGCGCGGAUGGGACCGUCUUCCGGACGUGGCACACCGUCCACCUCUACCUCAACGACUCGGUGGCCGAGGUCGGGCCAGAGAAGUCAGGCCUCGUGGGGGGCGCGACGACGUUCCUGUCGGGCGACGAGAAGCGGCGGGUCGACGUCGACCCGCGGGCCGGCAGGGUGCUCAUCUUCCAGCACGCGGGGCUGUACCACUGCGGCGACGACGUCGUCGAGGGGACCAAGCUCACUAUGAGGACCGACAUCCUAUACGAGCUGGUGAAGACCAAGAUCGAGAAGGGUCGUCAGAGUCGGUGAAAAAGGAACUAGGGGGGGGAGUACACAACAUCGUUGAGGUCCGUUUGUUUGUGUGCUUGUCGUCGACUACAUUUCGGCCCCGAAGAUCAAAGGUGAAAUUCCGGACGCAGCAGCCGUAUAAGCAAACCAGUCGCCCACGCACGACUCACACAGCAAUAAAUCGAAUCAGUUAGUUAGUUAGUAGCAUGCAAUUCAGCCAAAAAGCAAAAGAA